AUGGAGAAAGACAAAGCACCAAGGAACAUUGACGAGGUCUGAUUGGUUUUUAAAAAUUUCCCUGCUUGGCCAACCUACGAAAGCUUUGUUACAGAAAUAUCUUCCUCAAUAAAUGUUUCUCUGUUUGACACGCGAAAAUAUUAUUGCUGCAUAAAUAACAUUUCUUUUUUGGGAAGCAAAUUAAAGCAUUUGCCGACAAAUUUUUGUUUCUGUGCAAUUAUUGCCUCGAAAAUAUUGUUUUGUUAGUUUUCAACGUGUAUAUUUGAACAUGCCACAACCCAGUAAUCAUACCCAGGCAAACAAUUGAACUUUGCUUUAAUGGGUUUUUGAAUAUGAAAACUGAAACUUUGGCAUUAUUGGUUAUUAUGGAUUCCCCAUAUGGUAAAUUUGUAAAAACCAUGAUGUUUAACAUUUAUCCAUUAAUGGUACUUUAUUAUUUUCCUAUGCACAGGAAAAUACCAUUAAUUUACACAGUCGAAAUAUUGGUGCCGUUUGGUUUUUAAUCCUUUUUUGUUUAAUUGAAGGUGCCAGUGAUUGGUAUCAUGGGAUCAGGUGGUGGAUUUAGGGCUGUAUGUGGAUUAUCAGGAGUAUUUUGUGCUCUUCAAGAAUCCGGCGUACUUGACUGUUCUUCGUAUGUAACUGGACUAUCUGGCUCUUCGUGGUACGUGAAGCAAAAAUAGUUAUCAUUGAUGCUGUAAAGUGACGUCAUAUUUAUACAGCGAUAUAAGCAAAUUUCAGACAUCAUUUUCUCUUUGGCGUACCAUCUAAAAUAUCUUCAUUUUAGCACAAUUCUACAGAUAAAGCACUAAACAUACAAAUUCAUUUUUAUUCCAAAAUUUGAUCUUUGUCUGCUGUCACUUAGACCACAUUGUUACCAUAGCAACACACAAUUUGCUUUUUUCGAACGAUUACGCUUGAAGUAUAAAGAUUACGCAAGCGUUUGUACUUCCAAAAAUCCCCAUUUUACAUCAAUAGCAAAUAUUUUGCGUCAUUGUGAAGACCUUAUUUUUCCGCUGCUGGUUCUUUACAACUGUAGGGAGCCACCUUAAUACCUUUGAUAUGUUUUAAGUUAUCGUGCUGACACACUUACAUACAAACGCGGGCGUAGUAUUUAAUCGAUUUCUUCUAAACAGGUACAUAUCAACACUCUACCAUAACGACGAUUGGCCCGCUACUCUAUCAUGUCAAGACAUGGCAGACAAGCUGAAAAAGAAAUUUGGGACAAGCAUAUGGAGUCAUUUGCGUGUGGCUGAUUUCUUGAUAAAAAUGCAAGAAAAAGCAAACAGAGGUCAACUUGUCCGACUUGUGGAUUUUUUUGGAUUGUUUGUCGGUGAUUACCUCCUGGAU